UGCCCACGGCAUGUGCCGCUGCUGGUGGUGCUGCUACACCUGUCCCUCGCCAUAGCUGUGCCGCUCCGCAAAGCACAAAGAGAGGCCGGCAGGCACAAGGGAAGAAGAUGAAAAAGAUGGUGUGCCACUGACUGACCUGACUGGCACUGGCCUGCGCGAGCCAGCAAGAAAAGGCUUCUUCUUCUGAUUCCUUGCUUCCUUCCUUCCGCCGCCGCCGUCGUCGUCGUCGCCGCCGCCUGCUGCACAACUCAGGGCAGCUGGUCAUGGCAUCCCUUCACAUGGCCGGAAACAUCCCCUCCAUGGUUGCUUCCCUAGCACUCCUCUAGCUAGCCAGUCCUGUGUGGCGAUCUCCUCCUCCUCAUCGGCUCCGAGCUAGCGGCGGUUGUUCAUCUUCUUCCCUGCGGCGCCCGCCGCCAUCGUCGCAGUGUGCAGACAUUUUCCGCGACCAUGCUUGCUUGGUUACUUGCUGCAAGAAAAUUAAUUAGCCCCACCCAUCAACUGAACAACUGAUACUGCUGGGUACUUCAACUUCAGAGUUCAGAGUUCAGAGUGCAGGUAGAAGAAAACCACUGUACCGAUAAUGGGGAAGACGAGCCAGAGACGGGCUACGCAGAUCCAGGAGAACAACUUCGGCUGCACCUGGGGCCUCAUCCGCAUGUUCUACUCUCGCCGCGACCCCAAGCUCAUCCUCGACAGGAAGCAAGGGAGCAGAAGGCACUCCUUCAGCGGCUUUGCUGCAAGAGGGCACUCGAGAAAGAAGUCCAGGGAUUUUGAGGAACCAGACCAAGACGCAGAUAACAUGGAGGAAUGCAGUACGACGAAGCCAACUGUUAAAAGACUUAUGGAGGGCGAGUUGGGCAAGCUAAAACAGUCAAAGAAGAUUCCAAAGGAUGAAGUUCAAAGAAUAUUGGCUGACCUGGGACAUGAUGUCUGUCUGGACAAAGAUACAAUGCAAAACGGCAAACCAAAUGGCGUUGCAAGUCCCGACGCAGACAUCGGCAUUGCUUCUUCCUCUGGAUCCCUCGAUCCCGGUGGUUCAAAGUUCAUGAGACAGGCAGAAGAAGAUGGCCUUGAGCUUGCUUUGUCAGAUUUGCUGGGACAUGUCUAUAAGUACCACGAUGAAGGGCCGCAUGAUGACUGCAGGAAUAAGAGUGAACUAUACCCUGAAUUAGAGUCCAUUAUCCAUACAAAGCUUAAUGAGUAUAGGAAUCCUCCCUGUGAUCUUGCUUAUGAUAGAACUCCGGUGCGCGAGGAAAAGCAGCUUGUUGACAACAAACAUAUUUGCAACAGACAUGUAGGGGCCAGGUUAGAGCCCAAGAAUGUUUUUGAAAAAACUAACAUUUUCGAAGAUACAAAGGCUUCAAAGCAGCAUGAGUUGUCUAUCAGAACAAAGAAUAAAGAGAGCAGGAAUAUAUUUUUUUGGAAGAAAGAUAAAUCAAGCAGAACACAUGCACCAGAGGGAAGGUCUUCUCAGCCAGUUAACAAAAUAGUUAUACUGAAGCCAAAUCUAAGGAGAGGAUUUGACCCUACAGUAGCAACUGCAUCGACAUACUUACAUCGGCAAUCAGGUGGAAUUCAAGCUCCAGAAUACAGUGCAGCUGAAUGUUCGACAUUUUCAGUUAAGGAAGUCAGGAGGAGAUUCAGGAUCGUGACCGGAGAAACUAGAAAAGGAAGACCCACAAUGAACGAAGAUGAUGUACAAAGAGACGCGUGUUUGCUCAGAGACUCAUUUACAAUUAUAAAGGAUUCCAGACAGGCCCCUCCAGCUACUGAUAAAAAUGACGUUCGAUCUUCAAACAGCAGUAAACACAAGCGGAUAAAUCAUUCACUAGGUGGCUUCAACAGCGACGUAUCUACCUCAAAGGAUGCAUCCACCUUCUACGCAGAAGCUAAAAAACAUUUAACAGAAAUUCUGAAGGACAAUAGUCAUACUGGCAAGGAUCCAAGUCCAGCAGUUCAGGUCCCAAGGUCCUUGGUAGGAAUGCUUUCCCUCCCUCAAUGCAGUACCCCAUCAUCACCUGGGACUACCCCAAGGGUACAAGAUUGCAUUGAACAUUCACAUGUAGAGAAAAAUAGCUGUGCCAUACACAAGACCGAGGGGGAAGAAUCUGCAGAAGAAGGAAAUAAAUCAGAGGAAGAUUCAGGGAAUGCUGAAUGUGGUACUAGUGAAGCACCGGUUGAACAAGCUGAUCAGGAAAGACACGAUUACAAGGAAGAAGACACACAACAAGGUGCCGAACUUGAUGUCGUUUGUUCAGAAGAAAUUGACAAUCCGGAUGACUCUGAAAAAUCCCGGAAUGCACAAUGUAUCCCAACAGAGCAAGACAGAUAUAACUCACCCCUAGAAACGAUGGAAGGAGCAGAACCAGGUAAAGGGCAAGAUGAGAGUUUUACAGGCUCCCCUAAGAAUUCUCUUGAGAUGCUAGAUGAGCGAGAGCCAGAAACUCCCAGACCAAUCGCGUCGGUUGAGCUGAUAGAACAAGUGAACUAUAUAAAGCAGGAGCAACCCAGUCCUGUGUCUGUUCUUGAUCCAUUAUUCCAUGAAGAUGUCGGCAGCCCUGAAAAUAAGGGCACGAUAAAAUGUGAGCUGCACCAAGAUGUCUCGAGUCCCCACCAGUACUACCAAGACGAUGGAUCAUCAGACCUAGAAGAGAUCUUCUGGGAGGACAGGGAUGUCAGGUUAGGUUACAUAGAGACAGUGCUGGAGCUAUCAGAAUUAUGCACAUACCAGGACUUAGAUGUAUGGUAUCUAGAAGAUGAAUUGAUCAGACCUUGCCUGUUUGAAGAACUACAUCAGGGCAGUCAUCAAACAGAUGAUCUGAAGCUCUUCUUUGACUGCAUCUGUGAAGCUAUAGCAGCAGUACAGGGGAAACACUUUGGAAACCCCCAUUGCUUAUCUUUUGUCAGACAAAACAUACAGGCGCCUCCAGUGGGACAGAGCCUCAUCUCAGAAAUAAACAAGCACAUUGAGGGCCAUCUCUGUUAUGAAUUUCCAAGCACAUUGAACCAGCUAGUUAGUGUGGAUCUGGAAGAGGGGACUUGGAUGAGUCUCCGGUCGGAAAGCGAGGAGACUGUUGUGGAUAUAUGGGAAUUCAUACUGGAUGAACUGUUAGAAGAUGUCGCUUAUGACUUGUGGAUGUAGUCUAUCAGGGCGUUCAACUCAGAGCAUUGUGCGCUUGCUAAUGUGAGUAUUAGAUACUCCCUCCGUCCCAUAAUAUAAGAGGACGGAGGAAGUAGCUUUUAACAUGUUUGGGAGGGAAGAGCCCGUGAGGUUUGGUUUUCUUGAUAGUGUGCAGCUGAUGGUUACGAUGUUGCUCUUGUGCCUUGUGUGGUGUGUGCAUGUGUGGUUUGUGUAACUUGUAGUGUCAGUUACGGAGUAGUUAUGCAAAUGCAAGACAAUCAAAGUGAUAGAUACCCAUUUCAGUGAA